AUUUUAGCCGGUUUACCAUGGAUUUCCUCCGUUGAUUACGCCGCUCAUCCUAGAAUGCACGAUGGUCGCGGUGCGGUGCGGUAGUCUGUUAGGGCUUUUAAUUUGACAUAUGUCAUUAUAUUGACGUGACGUGGCGAACUCGACAGCCCGAAUCCCUAUACCAAGCCAACGCCAAGCCCAGCGCCUGAGCGAAAGUAAUAUCAAAAUUAGCUAAGGAGAGAAACUGGAUGUGUUAUUGUAAAUAUCCAUCUAUCAAGGAGCAGAUGAUAUACUAAGUAACCAUGCCACCAGGUAAAAGAUUGGGAAGACCUCCGGGCUCUAAGAAUUGUAAAAUAAAAUGCAGUUUCUGUUCCGCACAACUGAAAAGCAGGAGUGAUUUGUUGAAACAUUUGCGUAUAUGCAGUCAAAAGAAGCAAGCUAAACUAAAGGAUCUUGAUCCCAAAAAGGCCGUGUACAGCUGCACACAAUGCACCAAGAAGUUCAGGUUUGAGAACAGUUAUAUCAAACAUCUAAUGAUGGAGCACUCCAAGCUCCGAACUGCAGUGGGCUGCAAGCAGUGUAAUGUCCGCUGCCCGAACCACCGAGUCCUUAAAGAGCAUAUUGCAAAUGUGCAUGAACGGGAGAUAUUUGAGUGUGAGCAUUGCAAGAAGCAGUUUGUCAGGCGGGCCCAUGUGUUACGCCACAUUGCUCAAAAAGGCUGUGAUGGAUCAGGAGUUAAAAUGUUCCCUUGUGAAAUUUGCAACGCCACAUUCUCACGCAAAGACAACUUGAUAGUUCAUCUCCGACUGCAGCACAUCAACAAGAACAAUUUCCAUUGCAAGCACUGCACCUACCACACUAAGAACUUUUCCAAACUGAUCAUUCACACCCAGAAGACUCACUUAGAACCAAAAAACUAUUUUGAGUGUGAUCACUGUAGCAAAGUGACAAGCUCUAGGGCUGCUAUGGCCAAGCAUUUAGAAAUCCAUGGAGAAAAGAAAUAUGAAUGUGAUGUGUGUGGCUACGCAACUUACACGAUAGAGGUAAUCCGUCGUCACGUGCUCGUCCACGUGGAGGACAAGCCGUACAAGUGCGCGAUCUGCGGCCAGUCGUACAUCCAGCGCGCGCAGCUGCAGCGCCACCUGGUGAAGCACACCGGCAACAUGUGCGGCAAGUGCGGGGGCACCUUCGACUCCAAAGCCAGCUUGAUAAUCCACCAGCGUGAGCACCUGGGACUGGAUAAGCUGUUGUGCCCAUACGAAGAGUGUUCAUACUCCAAGAAGGAAUUUAGCAGCGAAGUGAGCCUCACCAAUCAUGUGAAGAAUCAUUUAGAUGACAAACCGUUCCAAUGCGCCGUGUGCAAGAAGCGCUUCCACAACGAGAUCAACCAGCGGCGGCACGUGCUGACGCACCAGCUGGACCGGCCGCGGCGCUGCAUGUACUGCGUGAACGCGCGCGCCUACGUGCGCGGCGAGCAGCUCGUCAAGCACGUGCGCAAGUGCCACCCCGACCUGUUCCGCGCGCACCUGCAGCACGUGCGCCGCGUGCUGGGCACCAGCAACAAGAUCGAUCGCGUGAAGAAAUCAGAGUUGGACUCGAUCCUGAACGUGCUGGAUGCGGAGUCGGAUCGCAUCCUGCAGGGCUACGGCGAGGGCGUGCUGUACGGCGGCGUGCAGGACGUGGAGCCCGACGAGAUCGAGGUGCCGCUCAAGAUUGAAAAGACUGAGAAUCCAUUAAUGUCGGAGGAGGAGCUAGCAGAGAGCCUGAAGAAAUUGCUGACGCAGCUCAUCGACAUGGAGAAACUUGAGUGCUUCGGCUGGCCCGACGAGAGCGUGGACGUGGUCCUAGAAAAAGUGAUAGAGCAAUGUGGCGCGCGCGCCGCCGACCGCUCGCGCUGGUCGCGCGUGCAGCGCCUGCGCGAGAACACCAAGCAGCUGUUCCUGUACGUCAUCGAGGACGCCAACAUCGCGCGCAUGCUGGACACGCACACCAUCGACCAGAUCGUCAAGCACAUCCUCACGCAGGUCGCCGACACCGACGCCGCGGAGAUAUAGACUAUAGCGAUGGGGUUUAUAACUCGGCACCCGCUACUGUCGAUCUCUAAAUUAACUAUUUUGAGAUCUUUGUCAGAAAGUUGUUCUGUACUAGUACCACUACGCGAACGUCAAACUAUUCUGCGUCUGGUUUAUCGGGGAUGAUAAUAUCGCACGUAUGGUGGACACGCACUCGAUCAGAAUAAUCAGCACGUCAAACACAUGCUGAUGUAGGCCGGGCUUUAGACUUUAUAGCAAUAAGAAAACAGUUGAAAAUAAAAGUCGCAGCGUCAUAGCAGAGUUGACAUUUAUUUUAAUUAUUAUUUUAGAGCUAAAUGUGUAUACAGUCACAUUACAAUAGACUAGAUAUUGUAUGAAAUAUUGAGAAGGGUGAAUGUUCAGAAAAGUACGAGCAUUUUGUUUUGUACACCUUCAUUAAUCGUGGUUAGCGGUGCUAUGAGUAGUGCAUAGAAUCGGUUUUUUCUAAUAAUGUAAAAGUUAUGUUCAAUUUCUUUUUGUUAGAAACACUUGUGCCUUGAAACUUUGUGAUUUUAUUUUGUACAUAUGGCUAUUAUGCACUCUCCUGUGUUAUUGAUACAUAUAAUGAUGAAUUGAUGACAUAGAUAGUUAAUUAUGUUAAGUUUUACAGUAAGUAAAGACUGUGUAUCCCAACAAGUUGUGAACGUAUAUUUUCCCAAUAUGUUUGUUGUUUGUAAUUAAAACAAACACUCUAGACUGUAAUCGAAGUGUUAAGUUUUGUUUAUAAGGGUUUUGAAUAAUAAUUGAAUUACUGUUUAAGCAUACAUGCCAGACAUGACCCGAAUAAAUUUUGAAUUUGAACUUUAUAAGUUUAUAGUAAUGCAUGUUUAUACAUUUUAAAUAUGUCCCAACAUAAGGAAACAUGUUUGGUGAUAAAAGAACAAAUCAAAUUUAUAAGAAGCUACAAAUGACUAUUACCAUGUUGUAUAAGUUAUGUUUAAGAUGAGUUAGUUAAUUUUAUAAUUUUAACUAGAAUCAAUAUAUUUUAAAUAAGAAUAAUCAUUGUUAUAAUAGAAUAUAAAAGAUUACAUUUUAUUAAGAUUAAAAUAUUUUAUAAACCUCUUAGAGCUAUUCCUCCACUCAAUCCUCUAGUAAGAUGUGGAUCUUACAUAUGUGUUUAUUAUGAGCUAUAUUAUCAAUUUAAAAAAUCUCGUCUACAUUUAUUUUUAAUAAAUCUGUAUAAAUCACCUAUACUGGGCCUUUUAUCACUAUUCUUAAUAAACUUUUACAUAUAAUAA